UAUAUUUCCAAGAAAAAUAACGGGAUAUAUCAAUGGAAUUGUGAAUAUUUUACCGCUAAUCUUUAUCAGUCACAUCUGAUUCUGCCGCCAUGAUUCACUCACGCGAAUCAGCGCCAACUGAAAAUACCGCCAAAAUGAAAGAAAGUUUGAUGAAAAUCGUCUGCUCCUGAAAGAAGCUGGGUGCUGGAUGCUGGACAAAGUGUUGUAAAAAUCAAAAAAUCCAGGUCGCCUAAAUGCAAUCUAUAUCAUUGAAACGAUUAAGACGCAAGCUUUCAUUACAAUUUUACAGAUGGAUUUCGAUGUUAUCUUCGACUGUAGCGGCAAAGUGAAUGUCAAUGAUUGGCAAUUGAACAGAGGUGGUUUGUUGCGUCACAAUGAAGUGGACAAUGUGCUUUUUCCAGAAACCGACUGUCCUUUUGCCAAUACAGAAGUAAGGCUUUUUGAUUGUGUCAUGCCUGGAGCUGUGGCUGUGAUGAAUCUUGGACACUUUACUGAUUGCAUGGAAAUGCAAUUGAAAAUAUUGAACAGAAUUGAAAAGCCAGCCACAAUAUCUAGAUUACGCAAUAAUGAUAGUGUAAAUUACCUUUCUAUUAGAAAAAUGAUUUGUGAAUUUAUUUUAUAUGUCCGUUCAUAUAUGAACAGCAUAAAAUGGGAUUUUAGUAUGUUAGAAACGAUAAUGCCUGAAAUAAACAAAGAUGUAGACACUUUGUUUAUAUCCAUAAAACGCUUUUUUAACACACUCCAUGAUAUGCCAGAUUCAAUUCUGCACUGUGCUGCUUCUAACAUAGGCAAUAAGUGUAAUCAAAUAGAAUUUCACCUGUACCAUAUGCAUAUAGAGUUAAGAUGGUUUUUUAUCACAUUGAUAUAUUCAAGGACUAUGUGGUAUCAAUAUCAAACACAUACAUUGCUAGAAGAAUUUGAGAAUACUACUGAAAUGGUUAUCAAUGAUCUUAUGCACUUUGCUUUAAAAGUAUUUGAAAGGUUACCCUUAAACUGGACUAUGAAUCUUACACAACACACACCAUAUUGCUGCACAUGUACACGAGAAUUAUGGCUUAUGCUGCAAAUAUUUAUUGACAGCUUAGAAGAAAGGAUGAAAAUUAAGACAUUUUGGGAUCAUGUAAAUAGUUGUAUUAAUAGAAUAUUAAAUAAAGAUCGGUCCCAAAUAAUAUCUUGGCAUGGAAGCAUGGAGUCUUUUCUACCAGAUUGUAAGAAUCCUGAACUAUUUUGUAUCUGGAUAAUACAUCACUUGUCUUUGUUAUAUGGAUAUAGUACAGAUGGUAUACAUUUACAAUAUAAUUCACCAAGGAUUAGAUCUAAUUGUGAACAAGUUGAAAAGAUUCUAAAAAUGUAUGUGUGUAAAGGUGGAAAGGAUGGUGAAAGAGACGAAUUUGAUACUGAACUUAAAAUCAUAAUAUUAUUGCUAUAUGAUCUUAUUAUUAAUUGGUGGCAACCGCGAGUCCCAAUUAUAUCUUUUCUUUGGGAUUGUUUUCAUAAGAGAUUGAACCAAUCAUUCUUAUUACAGACUUCUGGGCCCUGGGCCUUGUCCCUUGAAAAGAAAACCACUGCAGAUAUUCUGAAGCAAAUUAAUGACAGAAUUUGCGGCAAAUUUGAACAUUCUAAGGAAUCUAGCUAUGGUGUAUUCUUAUAUUUAGUAGGCACAUUUUUAAAAAAAUAUGGCAAAACAGAUCCAAAAUAUUGGAAUCAAUUUAAGGGGCGUGUAUACACAAAAUUUUCAAAAAACAAAGUUGCAGAGUUGUCUGAGAAUGGCCUGUACAAUUUUAUAUCUUUAUUUACCACUUUGGCAAUUACUGCAGAUGUUACAAAUGUUUGUACAACGAUGCUAGACUUUUUACCAUCUACACAUGAAUUAAACGACGAAUACAAUAAAAAGUGUAAUUUAAUUUGGAAAGGGAAAUUAGUGUGUCUCUUGUUGUUUAAUGAAAGACGAUUAUCUCUUGCUUCUAUAGCCGAUCACUUUACAGAAACAGUCAAUUUAAUAAGUUGUCGAAAAGAUGAGACAUCUCGUUCUAUGAUGACCAGUUUUGUUGACGUUUUAAAUACGAUUUUAUCCAACAAUGACAAAAUAGAUUUAGGAGAGCAUUAUUUCAUUGGUGGUUGGAUCGAUCGUUAUCUCUUGGAAUGUCCAAAGAAUAGGAUCGGAUUUUUAUUGGAAAUGCUCGCCAAUGUUUUUGACAAAUGUAUCAUUUUGCAGGUUUCUUGUAAUAAUUCAGAUGGUGUCAGGAAAAUGUUAGAUGCACUAUGGUGUUUUGUUGCUUGUAGAAUUCGCCAACUUGUUUUUGAUCCCAUCCUUAUUGGUGAGAAUUAUAAAAUUAUUUCCAAACUAGCUGUCAUAUUUACAUUAGAAGCAGUUAGAGAGCCAGCUACUGCUAAAAAAUAUAAGCACUCAGCUAUAUCUUUAUUUCAACAUUUUGCAGCAUCAAUAUUUUUGAAAGAUAUAAGAAUUACUCAACAUUAUUUAAUAUCUAUUUUUGAGAAUCGACAAGCUGUACAAAAUUUAAAGAAAGAAAUUCCAAAUUUUGAUAUUAUUCUUAUCCAAGCUUGGAUAAAAUGUUCUAUCAUUGGUUAUGGCACAGACAAAGAAGAAAUAAAGAUUCUGCAUAAUUACAUUGCUGAUCUCAGUGACAUCAAAGAAAUAUUCGUGUCGGAUUACGAUCUAUACGAGUUUAAAAACAGCGAUGAACCUAUUUUGAUAUUUAUAAUAUCAUGCAUGAAGAAGCAGAAUGCUUUAAAGUCUGUACAGGAAAAAUUUCAAUAUAAUGCAAAAUGUAAGAUGUACUUCAAAAAUAUAGAGAAAUGGGCUUUGUUACCUAUAACAGAGGAAACAAAAGAUUCAGAACUUGCAUUUUGGAUUUAUAGAUGCCUCGGAACAUUGAUCCUCUGCAUUUCUCCAAUGCUGUAUACUAAAAAUCAACCAAACGAUAUGUUAAGAACACUUAUCAACAAAACUAUCUUAGUACCAGAGAAUUCCACGCAUUCGUAUAUAAAACAAUUGGGGAAAAAAAUAUUCUCAAUGAUAAUACUUGGUCUGGAAAAAUUAAACAUCAAGAGUGACAUAUUAUUACAAGCAAUGAUUAGAGAUAUCUUUGAUCAAUAUUUGCCAAUUUUGAUAACUGAAAUUAAUAGUGGUUGCAGUUUUAAAGUUGCUGAUACAUUGUUAAAAUGCUUUAAGGAAGCAAAAUCCGAAUUUCUACGUUCGAUUUUCGAAACGCUCAUGUCGAAUUUUUACAAUAUAUCCUCUGACAAUAUCAUGCACAAACAUUCCAAUUUGAUAACGUGGCUUAUAAAAACAUUGCUUAAAGAAGGAAGAAAAUAUCCUAAAUAUAUUGUAGAAUAUAUUAUUCAAAUUUGUUCUCCAAACAUUUUUGGGUGUUAUAUGAAGAUUCAAGAUCAUCAUCCGCAUAAGCUGCAUACAAUUGACUUUAUUAAUGAUAUAAUUAAUAAUCCUUAUUAUGAGGAAGAUAAAUUUAUGAGAGAAAAAUUCCAAAAUGCCAUUUCUGCUGCAGUACAAAAAUAUUUAACACAAAACACACAAUUUACAUUUGAGUUCAUGCGAUCUAUACUGUCAAUAAAAAAAGAUAUUAUAAUCAAUUUGCUCCCGCAAAUUGAAGCUAUUGUUCUGCAUUCCGAACAAUUUCGUCGACCUAAUGCAGUAUCCUUGAGAUUCAAAUGGAAUCAACUAAAAAAACAUAUGUUGGAUAUGGACGAUAAUUCAUGAUAAGAUUACAAAAAUUUAUUAAUAAGUGCUAAAUCUCUAAAUAAUGACAAUUUAAAUCCUUUAAAUUUACACAUUAAUUGGUAUCUGAAUCUAACAGAUCCAAUCUUUUUAGUAUACAAAAACGCAUAAGUCACUUGCAUUAAAUGACUUCAUCAAGAUAUGAAACAGAAAAAUUUAAAUUAUAUAU